UGAUUUAUCCUUAAUUGGAUAUCUCAAAUAUUUUGUUAGCAUCAUCGCGAAAGAAUUUUUCAAUGUGCGCUAGAUACUUAUUAUGUUAUUAAACUACCUUCUGCUAUCACAUGCGUAUCCUCGUUACAGCUUAUUUAACUGUCAUGCAAAAUUUUAAACAAGUAUAAAUUUAUUGCAAUAUACAUCGGACAAACCAAGUUUCUUCAUGCUAGUUGUAUGGUCCAGGUCCCUCCUGCAGAACUAGAGCACUUGCUUCAAACACAUCCAAAUAUCAUCGAAGCUGCUGUGGUUCCAUACCCUAAUGAAGAAGCAGGUCAGGUGCCCGUGGCUUUUGUUGUCAGACUGCUCGAUAGCACUGUCAGUGAGUCCCAACUCAUGGAAUUUGUGGCUCAACAGGUUGCACCAUACAAAAGGAUCCAUCAUGUUUUGUUUGUGAAUUCAAUAGGAAAGAAUGCUGCAGGUAAGAUCUUGAGGAAGGAUUUAGUGAGGCUUGCAACCUUAAAAAUAAACUCGAAGUUGUAAUUGUAUGUCUCGUGACAUUUUUUCUGUGUGUUUCUUGCUUCCAUUUAAUUACGAUAAU